UCAUAUUUUAUUCAAUUUUUCUUUUUGCAUCCCUCAUGUGGUUUUCAAAGUUUUUUGUCCUCUGGAUUUAGUUUUUAAUAAUUCUGCAAUAAAUACAAAUUUGCAAAAAAAUAUAUUAAUACGGUUUAAUGUGCCGUAAUUAAUUCCACGUGUGUCUUCAAAGUAUAUUGUUUAAAGUUUUGUUUUCACUAAAAACUAAUUUUUAAUCAUAAAAUGAAUAGACGAUCAUCUAACCGCCAUAAUCCUUUUAGAAAUCAAGGCAACAACCAGCAAAAUGACCAGAACUCAUCCCAAUCACAUAAUAGACCAUUUAAUGGACCAUCUGGUAGUUCACAUAAUCAAGGAAACCGAAGCUAUCAGCAAAAUGAUUUCCAGCAAGAUGCUCAUCAUUCCCCUCAAUCCAACAAUAGAUCCUUUAAUGGAGCAGCAAAUGACUCAACACCAUCUCCACCACAAUCACAAGCCCCACGUUCUGGACCAUGUGUUCUCUGUAAAUCUGCCACUGUUUUAAUUUGUUCACGUUGUGGUGACUUUUAUUGUUCGCCAACAUGUCAAAAGACUGAUUGGCAAACUCAUCGAUUUAUUUGUUUCCUAAUGCCAAAACUCGUUUCGAGCUCGACUGAUAUUUAUCAAAACAUACCAGCCCUAAAUGGUUAUCAGAAUAGAGAACUACCUGAAACUGUAUCAAAUAAUGUCCAAUCACAAAAUAGGAAAUGGAUAAGUAAUUCACCCAAUUCCCCUACACCCUCAUCUGCACCCAUGCAAAAUAAUCAAUCUCAACGGUAUCAAAAUCAGCAACAACAACAACAACCAAACUAUCAGCAAAAUCAGAACAACAGAAAUCAGCAGCAACAACAACAACAAAAUCCACCUAAUCAGCGACAACAAAGACAACAAAACCGUCAAACUCCACCAAGAUCCACAGUAAAUGGCUCUGAGAGAUCACUUGAUCACAAUGACGCAAACAAAGCUACUAACAUUGGUAGAGUCGAACAGGCACCAUUUCCUAAAAAUAACAGCAAUGUUUUGGUAUCUGCAAUUCGUAGCUCAAAUCGAGUAUUCAUUCGUUCCAUUGACAAGGAAGAAAACGAAGGUUUUUGUAAUGUAAUUAAGGCUAUUAACGAGUAUGGUCGUAAUGCAACACCUUUGAAAACUAUGCCAACUAAAAAUGCAUUUGCCAUAACAGAUUUUAAUAAUGACGGUCUUUUCUACCGAGUUCAAGUGGUAUCAGCUAAGGACGAGAACAACAUACAUGUUAUCUAUUUUGAUUUCGGAAAUGAAGACGUCAAAAAACUAAGCGAAUUAAAAGAUAUUUCCAUGCAAUGUGCAUCUCUUAAACAGUAUGUUGUUAUGGUUACAUUAAAAGGUGUUCCAUUUAUUAAAGAUAAUCCUAAAAUUGUUGAAUAUAUGAAGUCAUUUGAAGACAUUGAAGCUAAAAUUCUUUACAAUGAGCGAGAAAAGCCAAUUUGUGAAAUAGUUUUGGAUGGGGUUGAAGAUAGUUUGAAUAAAAAAGUUAAUAUUUAUAUUCAAAAGUCGAAAAACGAGUCCGAACAACAACAAAGCCAACCAACUCAGCAAGUACAAGAAGAACCUAGACAGCCAGCUAGGAGGCAAGAGCAAGUUAAUACUCCAUCUUCAGUUGGUGCUGCUUCUACAGUUGGUGCUGGUAAACCACUUAAAAGUCGUCCGUCACAAUUUUCUAAACCUGUAAUGGUUCCACCAUUUGAACAAAUUAUUUUGCCAAUUAAAGCAACAAAUAUCAAUGUAAUGAUUGUUGACAAUUCAUUGCUACAUUUUAAUUGUUUCGGCUGUGUUUUGGUAGAAGAUAAAGCUAAUUUGCAAGAAAUACAAAACUAUUUAAAUGACUAUGAAGACAACGGACGUGAAUAUAAGCCUAAGAUUGAAGAAUACUGUUUAGCCAAAUUUCAAGAUGGCUGGUAUCGUGCUAAAGUUUUAGACGUCUUGUCAGCUAAAUUUGUUGAAGUCGUAUUUAUUGAUUUCCUAAAUGAAUCAGAGGUUGAAAUUAAGGAUAUUCGCCGCUAUCCAAUGGAUUUGGAUUUACCGUGCAAAACGACUUUGUGCUUGAUUCAAGGUCUUGCAAACGAAUUAACCGAAAAUCAAGUAGAAUAUCUCAAGAACAAACUACAGCCAGGAAGCGAGAUUAAAAUUAAUGAGGUUGUUGAAAAACAUCCUGAUGGAAGUGGGAUUGCUGUUUGCAAGGUUAAUCAAAUUAACCAAUGGAUGGCGGAGGAUAAUCCUUAAACUAUCCUUUUUUUUAUAAAUAUGAUCGUGUGUAAGUUUUUUAGCUUUUUUGCAUUGAAUGCAACGUUGUGUUCGUAUUAUAAAUUGCGAAAAUAAAUAUAGUUUAUCUUGUUUUAUUUUUUA